GGACCGCACCGGAGAGCCGGGAAUGGGGAACCGGCACCGGGAACCGGCACCGGGAACCGGCACUGGGAAGCGGGAACAGGCACCGGAGAGCUGGGAAUGGGGAACCGGCACCGGGAACAGACACUGGGAGCCGGCACCGGAGAGCCGGGAAUGGGGAACCGGCACCGGGAACCGACACGGGCACUGGGAACCGAGAACUGCGAACCGGCACCGGGAACAGGGAACCGACACCAGGAACCGGCACCGGAGAGCCGGGAACCGGGCACCGGGAACUGGGAACUGGCACUGGGAUCCGGGAAGCGACACCGGAGAGCCGGGAAGCGACACUGGGAAGCAGGAACCGGGCACUGGGAGCCGGGAACCGACAUCGGGCACCGGGAACUGGGAACGGAGACCCGGAAUCGGCACCGGGAACUGGGCACCGACCCCGGGGUGCCCCAGUUCCCCUCGGACCUCCCAGUGGCCCCCAGGACCUUCCCAGUGUCCCCCAGCACCUCCCAGUGUCCCCCCAGGACCCUCCCAGUGCCCCCCCAGGACCUCCCAGUCCCCAGAACCGGAGCCCUCGGGGGGACACCAGCUGGACGCGGGUGGGGGACACCGGGGGGACACCGGGGGGUCCGUUGGAGGACACUGGGGUGACACUGGGGGGUACACUGGGCGUUACUGGUCCUCGAUGGGCCGCGCGCGCCGCCGUUGCCGCUUUAAGGAGGCCCGGGGGGAUCUCCCGGUCUCCGCCGCCGUUACCGGGAGGGGCGGGGACGGGCGGGCGGGGUGCGGCCCAUGGGGGGCGGGGCCUCUCGCCGGGACCGGCGGGUCCGGCCCCCGCCGCCACCGGAAGGGCCCGGACCGGCCGCGGCCGCCAGCAUGAGCGAGCAGGUGCUGUGCAGCGCCCGGGCCUCGGUGCUGCUCUACGACGAGGGGCAGCGGCAGUGGGUGCCCGCGGGGGGGCCCCCGCAGAGCCCCAGCUGUGUCCAGCUGUUCCACCAGCCCAGCACCCACAGCUUCCGCCUCGUGGGGCGCCGGCUGCACCCCGAGCAGCAGGUGGUCCUGAACUGCCCCUUGGGGCGGGGGCUGCGCUACAGCCAGGCCACCCCCCAGUUCCACCAGUGGCGCGAGGGCCGCCGGGUCUGGGGGCUCAGCUUCGUGGCCCCCCCCGAGGCCGCCCAGUUCGCUGCCUCGGUGCUCCGGGCGCUGCAGGCGCUCGACCAGGGAACGCCGCCGUCCCGGCCAGACCCCGAUGGGUCAGCACCGGACCAGCCUGAGCAGCAGGAGAGGCCAGUGAUGGAUGAGUCCGAGCGCCGAGGGAUGGCUGCAGGACCCCCAGCUGUGGCCCCCGGAGCCCCCCCUCCGCCCCCCGCUCCGGGGGUACCCCCGGCCCCCCCAUUGCAGGGGGGGGGCUCCGAGGGGGUGCCAGGGGGGGUCCCCGGGGGGGUCUCCGGCUUUGCCGCCGCCAUCGCGGGGGCCAAACUCAGGAAAGUCGGGAAGGAUGAGACCCCGAGUGGGGGGGCCACCCCCGUUCCCCCCCCCAAAGCCGACGGGGCCCCCCGGGCUGGGGGAGGGCUGAUGGAGGAGAUGAGCGCCAUGCUGGCCCGCAGGAGGAAAGCCGCGGAGCAGCCAAAGGACGAUGACGUCACCAACGACGAGGCGGAGCCUGGCGCGAGGACGGCGGGGCCGCCGCCGGAGCCCGUACGGAGGCCGUGGGAAAAAUCCAGCUCCACUCUGCCCAGGAUGAAAUCGGCCGUUCCAGCCCCCUCCUCCGAGCCCCACAGUGAGCUGGACCUGGAGCGGUUCAAACUGGAGCUGCUGGAGGAGCUGCGGAGGGAGCUGCAGAAGAUGAAGGAGGAGAUCAUCGAAGCGUUCGUGAUGGAGCUGCGGAAGCGAAACGGACCCUGACCCCCCAUCUCCCACCCCCCACCACGCCACGGGCCCGGAUUUGGGGGGGCAGAGGGGGUGGUGUCCCCCCCCACUCUCCCCCCCCAGCCCACCCUCACCAUUUUACCCCCCUCACCGCCCUGGGGGGGCUCCGGGCCAGGCCCCCCAGGCUGUGCCUUACCGGCAGGGGGGGCCCCGAGCCCCCCCACACUGUGCCCCCCACUCACCGCCAACCGGGGACCCCAUUUUUUACACUGGGGGGGGAGGAGGGGGAAGGGGAACCCCCCCCCCUUUUUCCCCUUCCCUCCCCCGGCCCCCCCGGGGUCUUUUUUAAGCCACUUUUGGGUUUUUCACUUUUUUUUUGGGUUAUUUGGGGGGGGUCUCCCCUACCAGCACCAAUAAACGGUUUUCUACGGGA